AUGCUAUACCGCCUACUACUUCCCAUUGCAGAAUUGCAUGACACUUUCUCUAAGCAUGAGAUGGUUGAAUAUCGUUUGCAGGUAUCCUUAGAAAAUGCGCAGAUUGAGAUCGAGGACAUUCGAUCGAGGCUUGAGAAGGAGGUUAAUAUGUCAAAGUCUUUACAUGACGAUCUCGGCCUGAGUAGAAAGUUGGUGAGUUCUAUUUUAUUUUCGCAAAAGAGUGCUUUUUCUGGUUUGAGAGAUGAUAUUCAUGUGUCUAGCACAAAAACUUUCCAUAGAAAUACUACAAAACGACCCUACACACAUGAUGACCUAUCCAGAAGUUUCAUGAUAUUACCAAGUGAAGGCUCAUCGAGUCGCCUUAUUAUUUACUUUCGGGUUUGA